GUCACAGAGUUCGGAUGUAAGUUGGAAUCAUUCACAUAAUUAUUCCAAUUCUUUAAGUGUUACCCCACAAUAGUGAGUUCACAGCUCCCUUGAAGCCUGUUUGAUAAUUUCCGUUACUACCAGUCUCCCGAGGAAAAUUAUAGUAAUCGAAUACGACUACAGAAGCUCAGAAUACGGGACAAUUUCGGCCUGAUAACAACACGAUGUCGCUUUGUGAUUUAUCCAAAAGCAUUGAAGUACAUGCCAGCAUCGUAGGCGUUCUUUUGACACUAGCAUGUAUUGGUUCGUUAGGCGGAUCUUAUCAUAAUGAGCAUGAAACGUCGACUGGUGUUGCCACAUUUCUUGUUGCCUUGGCAUGGGUGAUUCUCUACUGGUAUGGCUUCCUCAAGCGAAAUCCGCUCUGCAUUCUUAUAUCUAUGGUGUUCCUAGCUUUCGCUGUGAUAGGCACAAUAGCUGUGUUCGUUGUUGGCGUUGUGGUCGUAAUCACAAUACACUGGUCUGGAGUGUUUUUUAUUUUGUUCGCGCUCAUCUGCAAUGCUUUUGAAGUUUACUACUGGCAUGUCAUGAGUCAGUUGCGCGAAUCAUUUUUAAAUGAUUCGAUGCCGAAUGCCGGAACAGUAAAGAACCUGCCAGUUUAACAUAGAAUACAAUGAUUCGAGACUCAUCAGCAGAACCGUAACGUCUUGUGUUCUGAAGCCUGCUCAGUUGACGUUACUCAGUUUGACGACAUGCCAAACGAUUUUGAUGCAUAUUUUGGCGUAAAACAUAGCUGGAAAUAAAGAGC